CCAGAAUGACGGCCGCUCAGUGCGUGAAGGGAAUGGCCGCCGGACUCUAUGAGGAGCUCUUCACCUCCGUCGUGUCGCUCAUCAACAGGGCCCUCAGCAGUCCUCAGCUCACGCUGGCCUCGGUGAUGGUGGUGGACCCGCCGGGCCUCCGGAACCCGAGGCACAGCGGAGGGGAGCGGGCCGCCGGCUGGUCCGAGUUCUGCCACAACUACCUGCAGGAGCGGCUGCUGCAGCGCCACCACGCGCACACCUUCACGCACGCGCUGCAGCGCUACGCGCAGGAGAAGAUCCCGGUGGAGGCGGAGGGUCCGGAGAAGAGUCCGGACGAGGUGGCGUCCGCCAUCGACCAGCCGCCGCCGCAGGUCCGGGCGGCUGAUGGAGACCCCAGAGGUCUGCUGUGGGUUCUGGACGAGGAGAUGAUGUCACCGGCCUCCAAUGAGAGCGUCGCCUUGCAGAGGGUCUGCCAGUAUUACAGCAACACGGUGCGUCAGUGCGAGCAGCCCCUGCAGUGUGAGGUGAGCCACCUGAUGGGCUGCGACCCGGUUCGCUACGACCUGAGCGGCUGGGUCGGUCUGAUCCAGAACAACCCGUCGGCCCUGAACGCCAGCGGCGUGCUGCAGAACUCCAGCAUCCCAGAGGUGAAGGCCAUGUUCACCCAGAGGAUCUCGCUGCCCCCCCUGUGUCGGGGCCUGGGGGGCCUGGAGGGCGGCAGCAGCCAGCGCUCUCUGCAGAGGAACGGCACCAUCAGGAAGACCUUCAGCAGCGGGAUGGCGGCCGUACGCCGCCACUCCCAGAGCAUCGCCGUCAAGCUGCAGGCGGAUGCGCUGGUGAACCUGAUGCGCCGCGCCCGGCCCGUCUUCCUGCAGUGCGUGAGCGCCAAGGCGGACGGCGGCAACUUCGACGUGGCGGCGCUCCGAGUCCAGCUGCACUCCACCCAGAUCCUCCCGGCCCUGCAGCUCCACCGCACAGGUUAUCCGGAGCACAUGACUCUCAGCGACUUCCGCUGCCACUUCCAGGCGCUGUCGCCCCCCAUCAUGAAGCGCUACGCCUCCAUGUUUGUCAGCCACGACGAGAGAAAGGCGGUGGAGGAGCUGCUGGUGGAGCUGGAUCUGGACCGGAGGAGCAUCGUGGUGGGCUCCAGCAGGGUGUUCAUGAAGCGAGGCGUGCUGCGCUACCUGGAGCAGCAGAGGGACCGGCAGGUCACCGGCUGGCUGCUCCACCUGCAGGCUGCCUGCAUGGCUCACCUGGCCCGCCAGCGGUACCGCAGACUCAAGGUGCAGCAGAUGGCGGUCAGCUGUGUCCAGAGGAACCUGAGGGCUCUCUGGGUCGUGUCCAAGUGGAGCUGGUGGAAACUUUUCUGCAGAAUUCGUCCUCAGCUCGACGUCAACAUGGAAAACGAACGUCUCCGUGUGAAAGAGGAUGAGGUAUCGGCUCUGAGACGUCGCCUGCAGAAAUCCGAGCGCGAGAGGAACGAGCUGAGGCAGACCGCCGACGGCCUGGAGACCAAGAUCACCGCCGUCACCUCUGAGCUGAGCGAUGAGCGUUUCCGUGGCGACGCGGCGGGUCAGGCUCUGGAUGUGGAGAGGGCCGAGAGGAUCCGGCUCGGCAGGGAGAACAAAGACCUGCAGGCUCGUCUGGACCAGUCUAAGGUCACCAUGGAGACCCUGGAGAAGCAGCUGGAGGAGGGGAAACAGAAGGCUCAGGUGGCCGAGGGUCAGCGAGGACGGGCCUCAGACAGCGAGCUCGCCAUGCAGCUGGAGUGCAGCCAGACGGAGGUGGAGUUCGUCCGCAGGCGGCUGAAGCAGACGGAGGAGAAGCUGGAGACGGAGAGACAGAGCCGACAGCAGCUGGACGCCAAGGUGGUCGCCCUGCAGGCCCUGCUGGAGCAGUCCAGGCGCAGCGUGACAGACCUGAAACGUCACUGUCGCCGGGUGACCUCCGACCUCCAGGACGCCCGCGUCCUCACCGACAGCCUCCAGAGCCGCAUGCACGAGGUGGACCGCAAGCAGAGGAGGU